CUUCAGUAUUUAUGUUUUGUGGUUGCAAUUAUUGGAAAAGCCAUUCAAAAGUCAAAAAAAAAGACAAAAACUUAAACAAAACUGUUGCAUGGUAGAAGAAUUGUAUUUUUGGAAUCAUUUCUCUGUUACAGUUACUUAUAAAAGACUUUGGGCCUUUUGUGUUUCAAAGCAUGAAUUAUUUCUUAGGGAUAUUUUUUUUCUAAUACUGGCACCAGCUCUAGAUCUGUCAAUCAAGACACCAUCGUAUCGUUUGGCGUUUUAGGAAUGUGUCAAAAAAGGAACUCGAUUAUAAUUAUGUGAUUAAGUAACUUAUAUCGCGUUUUCGUCUGGUUCUGGGCAUUUUUCCACAAUAUUAGUAUACGUUUUGCGUCUACAAAUACAUCGCUUGGAUAGAAAUACACAUGUUUACUAAAGAAGAUGACAAUUCUGGAGAAUGAAGUGAUUUCUAUGCGCAACAAAUUAUCACUAUCCAAAAGGAAGUAUAAGAACAGCGAGCAGAUCAAGCGAAAAUAUCUGUACGAGGAAGAGGACUUACCUGCUAAGAGGCAAGUCUUUGGGGAAAUGAUAAACGGGUAUCGCUCUGAUCAGAGGAACAAUGGAGAUGUCCUUCAAGACUCUCCUGUCGCCACUUUGUCAAAUAUGGGCAAUACUUGUUUCCUAAACAGUGUGAUCUAUACUUUACGUUUUGCCCCGACAUUUCUUCAUAACCUUCACCACCUUAUUGGGGAUUUAGCCUUGGUUAAUUCUAAAUUCAACCAGCACAAAGCUAAAACAUCUUCCUUAGGCAGGAAUAUAGGAGCACUAACUGGACCAAGCUCACGUAGUACCAGCAGUAAGGAUCUGUUAUCAAUCGGCAGCUUAUGUGACAUCAUACCAAAAUCAAAAGUUCAAAUUGUGACUGAAAAACUGCACGAGCUAUUUGUCACAAUGCAUAAUCUUGAACUAAAAGAUUCUACUGAUCCAUAUCAGCCUGUUGCAUUCUUACAAGCUGUAAGGGAAGCUAAUUCUAUCUUUGAAGGAAACAAUCAGCAAGAUGCUCAUGAGCUAUUAGUGUAUUUACUAGAUAACAUCAGAGAAACGUGCGACAUCCUUACGCAGCAGGUUCAUCAAUAUCCAGACCUGAUGAACGAAGCUGAAUCAAUGUCACCUGUAAACAAUAGUAAAAUUUGGAAUGUUAGAAGGUCAUGGAAAAAAACAUUAAAAAAGGACAAAAAUGCCAAGGAUGCAAUUUCAGAAGAACAAGGAAACGGAUCGAAUGCAACAGAUUUUGAGGAUUCUUCAACUGUCGAUAGUAAUAAUGUAGGCAAUAGAAGAAGAAUUGGAUACAACUUUGUUGCGGAAGAUUUUGAAGGCAUCACACUUCGCCGCACUAAAUGCUUAGAAUGUGAAAGUAUUACAGAAAGGAAAGAGCCAUUUUAUGAUAUUCCAGUUCCUAUCAUAUCUUUGAAGGACAAUAUAGACGUUUUAAAUGAAUGUGACAUAUUUAGGAAAGCGUGCGUUACAACUGAAAAACUGUGUGAUGCUAACAAAUAUCUAUGCGAAAACUGCGAACGCUAUAAUGAGGCCAGCAGAGAAGUACUCUUUGAAAAGCUACCUAACAUCAUGGUAUUACAACUGAAGCGGUUCACUACCUCCUCUAUGGGGGUUCAAAAAGUCAACACCUACGUACCAACUCCAUUAGAAAUAGAAUGCUUCUGUCAGAGUUGCUGCAUAGAAGAUAAUAUAGAAUCAUCAGUUCGUCAUAAAUACCAGCUGUGCUGUGUAAUUAUGCAUCUCGGCGGGACCAUGGCUUCUGGUCAUUAUAUUGCUUAUGUAAAAGCUUCAGACCACCUGGAAGACUAUGCAGAUUGUACUAGGGAUAUACCAAAAGGGAGCUUGUCAGCCAGCAGUAGCGAGAAAUCUCUUAAUAUCCUGAAAUUUCUGAAACCCAAGGCACUGAGUAAUGCUCUUAUUGAUAAAAAUGGGCUAUCCUCAAAAUGCGUCAUGAACGGUGUCAGAAUGUGCAAAAGUAUAGAUUGCUGCAGUGUCAGGUUGAACACCAAUGUCAUUGAAAAUUCCAUAAACUGCUACUCCAGAAAAAUCGGUCAAGAUUACUAUUCGACAAAUGCGGCAAAUGAAGAUAUGUGGCUGGAAUGCGAUGAUGAAAGUGUAAGGCCUCUCACAACACAAGAAUUUAAGGAAGAGCUCGGAUUCAAGGCAAACUCCACAUCUACACCGUAUUUACUUUUUUAUGCAAAGAUGCCAGACGUUGCUUUAGACUAAUGAUAACUGCUUUGGGUAGAAAUAUUACACAUAUGCAUUAUUUACUUUUUUCAUGAGUACAAAUUCAGAUAGUAAAUUAUUGUGAUACCACAAUACUUUCGUUGAAAUUCAUAGGACAAAAGUAUUUAAAUGUAUAUCUUUACAUUAGCGAUGCAUUUUUGUAUCUGGUUAUAUACCAUGUAAUAUUUAUAGUUUCAUUCAUUUGAAUCUCCAUAUUUCUGCCUAAACUGGGGUUAUGUUGUACAUACAUAUUAUCUUUUGUCAGUUACUUGUAUUUCAGAAAUAAACAGCUUUA